UACAACGGCAGCGACAGCAACGAUAACGGCUACGCCAGCGACGAUUUCUGGGCAUGUACGUCUUCUAUCCGGCGGACGAGCUCCUGCGUAUCUAUGAAAACCCGAUUCGGGAGUUCGUGCCAUUGACCGUCAACGACGUAGCAGUGAGCGCUGAUUACGAGAAGAUAAAUCAGCAGCAUUAUCAGCAGUUACAACAACAGCAGCAGCAGCAGCAGCAGCAGCAGCAGCAGCAGCAGUUGCAGUUGUAUCAGCAACAGCGAAUCGUCGUCGCGAACGACGUCCGGAAGCGCAAGGAGAAAAAGCAAGAGACUAGUCAGACAGCGACCGGCAGAAGGCAAGCCGUGCGUAACGGCAACGGCGGCGACGCCGAUAAAAAAGAAGGACGACGAAACGAGGAGCAGCACGCCAGGACUAUGCAAAAUAAUCGUGCCUCCGGCUCCGAAGAAGCCGCCAACCAUCCCCUCAAGGACCUCACGCAGCCGAAUCUCAAUGAGCCGCUCAAGCAGCACAAUGGCGUCGCGCUCAAGCUCGUCCAGACGGUGUCCGAGUUCGCCCAGGAGUUGGGCGUCGCGAUGGAGAGCCACUCGGCGAACAUACGACGUCUGGUUGACGAAUUUCGCAGUCGAUCGAGCGACGCGAGGAUCGAUGUCGGUGGUAUGCGACGGGUUUGGGAGACCUUGUUACGGCAGGUCGAGGCGGAUGCAGUUUCUCACCUCGAUCUGGCCGCGAUGCUACAGCAGCAAUUGUCGAGGCCCACUUUAGAGGCGAGCUUCCACCGGAAGCUGCAAUCCAGGAAGGUGUUUGCCCAUCGCGACGCUUACGAGCAGGUAGUUAGCAAGACGGAGGAGAAGCUGCAGCGCGCCAGAUUGGAUUACAAGCGCUCCUACGCCGCGUUGCUAACCAACGAGGCCGGUGGCGGCGCCGAGCAGGAGUUGAAGCGCGCUUACUUGGAGUCGCACAACGCCUACAUCCUGCAGCUACGCGCCACGAACGCUAUUACCGAGCGCUAUCAGUUCCAUUGUCUGCCGGGAUUGUUGGGCGAGAUUGCCGAGGUCUACGAGGAACUUUGCGGACUGGCCUGCAAAUGCGUCGCCGGGAUCUCGGAGGCGGCCGGGGAACGAGCCGGCGAGCAGACCAAGCGUUAUCAGGCCGUGGCCAAGGAGGCGCAGGCGGUCGUACCGUCGAACGAUCUGCAGGCCUUGGCGCGAAACUUGUCCGCGAACGCGACGCCGCGGAAGCCGCCGCGACGUCUGUACGUCGCGCCGGCACCACCCGAGCAGAUACCGAUGGAAAGAAUCAGUCAAGUACCCACCCUCAGGGACGAACUGGUACCAACGGGCACCAGCGUCCUCCCGCUCAUGGAGGAUCUUAAACGCGAGUACGACAGUCUUUCCCAGGAUAUAGGCCGUAUGCAAGACGCUUUGGACGCUCUCGUACGAAUGCAGCGCAAGAGCGCUGAGAGUAAUCUUUACACGAAAGUAGCCGAGCUACAGGAAGAUAUUUCUCAGAAGCGUCUCGAGCUUGGUGUGGCGCAACUACGCCUAGCCGCUGUACAAGCACAGAAAGAACUUUUCGGAGGCGGAGAGGCUGGUCAACCGGAUGGGGUGACCAAUCGGAAGAUGUCAAACGGCUCGACCGGAAGUCCCAAGCUGAAAUGGCUGAAAGCGUUCAAGAGCCUAAAGACGAGUUCGCCCACGACUCCGCCGCUGUCCGACAAAGGAAAGCAGGCAACCAUGUACCACGCAGUUUCCACCGUCGUCGCCAUGUCCAGGAAGAGCCUCGAGUCCGAGGGUGGGCACACUUGGCGCGAGUACACGUAUCGCAAGAUCACCCCGUGUGACGCGUGCGGCCAGGUGCUGCGCGGCCACAGCCGCCAGGGUGUCCGAUGUCGCGGCUGCAAGGCGAACGCGCACACGGACUGCAUCAACAUGGUGCAACCGGCGCUGUGCCCGGCGAUGGCGCCGAAGAAGAGCGGCGGCAUACCCCUCCUCCGACGACAGAAGACGCAGGUGCCCCCCGACGAGGUACCGGCAUCAUCCGAGCACAACGUGGACGCCAUAUACCAGGUGCUGAAGCAGGCAGGCGAGAUCCGUGGAAACUCGACAAACUCACCACCUACGCCUCCCACAGCAGAACAUCCCCCCUCCGGUGCAGCACCUUCGUCAGCGAGGGCCUCCUCCCAUCCUUGUUCCUCGUCCACCUCUGCGCCGCAUAGUCCGCAACGUAGACGCGAGAGGCUGAACCUGCGGAUGAAGAGUCUCAGCCUGGACUCACCGGAAGGCACUGCGCACGUGCGACAUCGUCCACGGGAUUACUAUGCCGCAGGUCCCAGAGAAACCACACCGCCCCGACAUUCUGACAGCGGCAGCAUCAACAGGCUAUCGCCCUGCAGCCCGGGCCAGAGCCACAGCAUGCAUAAACAUGUGAGAAGCGCCAUUCGGAUGUCCAGCAUGGAGCUGCCGGAUGAAAAUGAGAAAUCGUACUCGUCGGCGAGCACGUCACCGUGUCCGUCGCCGCAUACCAAUAACCAGAAUCACUUGAACCCACCCGGCGGCAAACGCGUAUUGCCGCCGAACAAUCUCUACGUCGUUCUGUACAACUUCGAGGCGCGACAUCCAGACGAGCUGGAUCUCAAGGCCGGGUACAAGAUCACGGUGAUCGAUAAAUCGGAGAAAGAUUGGUGGAAGGGCAAAUGUCUAGGCGGCCGUGCCGGUUAUUUUCCAAGUGCAUAUGUGAUGCGGGUGGAAUCCGGUCAAAGGACUCUUCAAGUCACACGCAAUCUGCAGCUUGCUGAUCAAACUACUCUUCUACGAGAUCAGAUCGUGAUCCAAGUGGGCGAAGAAAUGGAUGGAGUGGCAAUGGUCAGAUGCGCGGCAGAUGUACGUUCCGCCGAUCACACGGGCAAAGAGGGUGACGUUCUCUACAAGGAGAUCCUCUGUCCUCUCAAGUAUCUGCAGGAGGUGUGACAGCAGCCUUAUCAUUAU